CUCUGCUCUGGCUCUGACUCUGAUCAUACUCAUAAGUAUCCUGAUUUGUUAGACGUGCUCGAAUAUCCCCUCAAGGGAUGCAGAAGUUCUACGUUUUCUCCCUUCCUACGGAGCUCCUUGACACUCUUACGCCCAGAAAUCUCGUCAAUCAACAGCCACAGAGGCGAACACCUUCGUUCACGCCGCCUGCUGAACCUACAUUGACCAGCUCUCGAGCCUGUAACAUAUGUAAUGGCUCUACGUUUCUCGAUGUUGCUGAACAGAGAAGCCAUUAUCGAUCUGAUUGGCAUCGAUACAACGUCAAAAUUCGCCUUGGUGGUGGUUCGGCUGUAAACGAGUCGGAAUUUGCUCAGUUAAUAGAUGCCCUCGAUGACUCGAUAUCGGGGUCUGAGUCCUCAUCUGAUGAAAAUGACUCUGAAGAUUCCGAUGCCGUUGCUGCUCUCGUCGGGAAAACAAAACGCGUUAUUCGUUCUCAGUCCCCAGAGUCCGUUGCUCGUUCAACUCCUCAGACUGCCUUAGCUUGGUUCCAUUCACCACCUGCAACACAGAUUGGCGUCUAUCGAACCUUGUUUCCACCGACAUCCCAUUAUCUGGAGGAACUAAAGACAAUGCAAUCGUCGGUACAAGGUAGAACGUGGACUUUGUUUAUGGUUGCCGGUGGUCACUUUGCUGGUGCGGUCGUGCGUGUCAGCAGAUCAGACGCGGACAAAAAGGAGAAGGCAGAAGCAUUCCAGGGAAAGAAAAAGCCAAAACACCCGAAGCCCGAAAUAGAGGUCUUGAAGCACAAGACAUUCCACCGAUAUACCACGCGUCGGAAACAAGGAGGAUCGCAAUCUCUCAACGACAAUGCCAAGGGCAAUGCAAAGAGUGCCGGUGCUUUGCUCCGCCGAUACGGUGAACAAGCUUUGCGGGAUGACAUCCGCAAUUUGAUGGACGACUGGCGAGAAGAGAUUAAUGACUGCGAAAGGAUCUGGAUCCGGGCUAGUGGGUCUAAUCGCAAAAUUUUCAUGGAUUAUGAUGGUUCCAUCAUCAGCAAGGGUGAUGCUCGUCUCCGUACAUUUCCUUUUCCAACACGUCGCCCCACUCAAGCCGAACUUAUACGGUGUUUGAACGAACUGACGGUAGCGAAAGUAUCACACCUUACGGAAGAAGCCUUAUGUGCACAGGAUGAAGAAUAUUUAGCCAGCCUUCCGAAACCUAAACCAACUCCCGCUGUUGCAGCGCCCAAAGAACCCUCGGAGAAAGUAAAGGCUCCACAGCUUUCGAAGGAAGAGGAGUCAUUUCGCGACAAGUGGUUCCGGAUUGCAGAGAUGAUACGGAAGGGCAGGCUUGAACCGCUGAAGGCUUUCUGGGAACGUGAGGGCACGGGCAUGGGAGGCAUUGAUGCGUCAAUUCCGGAGUGGGCUAAUGAGCGGUGGAGCACUCUUCUCCAGCUCGCAGUACAUGCCGAGCAAGAAGAUAUCGUACAUUGGCUUCUCGAGGAUAUGAGAGCAGACCCCACGAUACAAGUACCUGCUGGGAAAAAUGGCGAAAUCCCUGAGGACGUAGAAUCUACCGGCAGGAUUACCGGUCGCACAGCCUAUGAUCUUGCGCAAACGCGGACCAUCAGGGACGUGUUUCGUCGCUCGGCUGGACUUCAUCCUGAACGGUGGGAUUGGUUCGGUGCUGCUCGAGUUCCGAGCGCUCUGAGUAAGGAAAUGGAGGAUGAUCGGGAAGAAAAGAAGAAAAGCCGCAGAAAGGCUCUAAAGGAUCGAGUCAAGGAGCGGGAAACCAGGGAAAAGGAUAAGCAGGUGGAACCGCCAUUUGUCGCGUCUGAUGUUCCAUUGGCGCCAUCGGUUAGGGCCGAUGUUCCUUCAGGUCCUAGAAAGCUGGGAGGUACGGCUGGUUCAUCAGAAGCUACGACUGGUUUAAACUCAGAGAUGCGGACUAUAGUCGAGCGUGAGAGGCGUGCCAGAGCCGCGGAGGCUCGUCUGAAGGCGUUCUCGAAAUAAAUUUAGGGACGAAGAUACUAUACCACUUUAUUUCGAGCGUACUGAGCAGAAUCAAAAAACCACUUCAACGAAGAGAGUUUGACAGUCCAAAUGUUUGUAGGUUACAACAGUUGGUACGGCUCCGAG